GGAGGCGACUUAAUGGGUUUGAUUUAUCUUUAAUUUUUCUAGUUUAUCUACGAACAUGUUUGCUGCUUAGUGGUCCUCCUUCUUGUUUUCAUUUUUUGCAUUCUUAUCGGUAUUGUUUGGCGCUAUUAUUUCUUACAGGACCAUACGAAAGUUGAUUGUUACGCGUUAGCUUUAGUUAAAAACGAUUUUGAAUAAGGAAACUCUCAACUCUAUUUCAACCGACACAGCCUCGAAAGCUGUAAUGGAACAGGUCAAGCCUGUUGUUGAGUCAGACUUGAUCUAUCCUAUAAAAAAAAGGCUUAUAUAUGCGAAUUCAGGAGUGGGAUUGUUUAUUUUGGCUAUUGCGCUUUUUGCAUUUCUUCUCUAUUUUUUGAACAAAAAAUUUGAAGUCUUCUAUGAUCUGGUCAAAGAGAUGAAAGAGGUCAAGCCUAUUGUUGAGUCUUUGAAUAGAAAGGUGGAUGAGAAUAACAGGAAGGCGGAUGAAAAUGCAAUUAAAUUGGAUAGAAUUAUUGCCUAUUUCCAAAUUCCUCUUUUGCCUUCGACCGUCUCUACUCCACAUAGUCAACACCAUGAGUUUCCUGCAUCCAAAGAGGAGAAGAAAGAAAUCUUAGGUGGUGCUGCCCGUUUUAAACGUACUCAACAGGUGGAGGUUUCAAUUGAAAAUGAGGAGAAGGAUUAAUUUUGUAGCAGAAGAAAAGAUGACUUAACUAUCUCAGGACCUUAAUUUUACCUCAACAAAAAGUUUUAUUUUUUUGAACAAUGUUUUUUUUAUUAUUUUGUCGAUAAACGGGCUAACUUUAUCGUGUUUGCAUUUUAUAGUUUUUUCAAUUCCUUUCAUAUUUUUAAUUUUUUUCGUUUUUUCCUGUCCUAAAACCACUGGAACGACAACAAAAGGCUUGAGGACAAUGGAAAUGAAAAAUUUUUGGAUUACUUGGCGCUGCUUUUUUUCUAUUGAGACAAAUGCUAUUUCUUCUUUACAGGUUUAUCAGAGAUUUUCUUUGAUUUUUAAACGAAUCUAGACUCAAUUUAUCAAAAAAUUGUUGACCCAGUCAAAUAACCAAGAAGAGGAUGAAGAGCUCUGGAAAAGUGACCAAUUUUUGGUUGGAUUUCGUCCCUGGAAUGAAAUUAAGGAACGAAUUUUGAUAAGGUUUUGAAUUUUUGUGUUUAAAUAAAAGACCCGUUAAUGGGUUUUAUUAAACGUUAUUAGUAGGGCUCGGAUUUAUAUUUAAAUAAAUCACUGAAGCGGCACUGCCCGCGAACUGACCACUGUCUCUUCAUUUUUAUUACAUCUAUCACUGGUCAUUUCUGUCUCUCUUCUACUCGAACUAAACAGUCUGACACUGGUCAGUCAAGACUUGUUCAUGACCAAGGUCGUUUUUGUGCCCUAUUUCAAUAUAAAUUCCGAGCCCUAGUUAUUAGCUGGUUUUUCGUCCAAAAAAUUUUUAGUCUCCCAUAUUUUUAAAAUAAUCUUUUCAGUUCAAAACGAUGCUCGAUUGACUGUGCAACAUUCGUCUUUAUAUUUACCAAAAGCUGGGGAACAGAAAUUUGAUUCGUCCAAAUUUGGUCAAAAACAAUUAUUCCUUUCUAGUAUUUCUAGUAAAAAUUAGAGAAAUAGCAAGCGUCACAUUUUAUCAAACUUGUUGGUUUACACAAGAAGAGUGGUGUACAAAAUUGGGAGAAUUAUGUUUUAGAUUGAAGGCUGUUUGGAGAGAAGAGAAACGCUUGGAUUGUAUA